UUCAAUCAGGAAAAAAUAUUUUUGUAAACUUGAAUUUAAACGUAUUCGAUUUCUGUCUUUGAAAAGAUUUUCCCUUGUUCUCUCCCGUCAUCUGUUAUUUUUAUAAUCCAUAUGGGGGCGGUUUCCCAGACAAGGUUUAGCUUAAGCCAGGACUAGGCCUUAGUUAAAUUAGGAUAAUUAAGUUGUUUUAAAAAACAUACUUUACAAAAAAAAUAUUACUAUGUGCAUCUUGAGACAAAACAAUCACAGUGAUAUAUUUUAAGAUAUGUCAGUGCAAGUUGUUUUCGAUCAAGGCAUCUCUCACAUUUAAGUUAAUCUGAGACUAGCCUUAAACCCUGUCUGGGAAACCGCCCCAUGAUCAAUUAGUCAAUCCAGCUCUAUAACGGGACAUUUUAUUUUAUUUUUCGAGAAUCAUGUUAAAGUGGGACUGUCCCAGUUAAACUCGGACAUCUGUGCUAGACGAAGAAGAUGCUCGUACAUGAGCGCAACCUCGGAUUGUUCUGUUUUUAUAGUCUCUCUUUCUCUUUGUGUUUUAAUGUCACACAAGUUUUAGUCGUCGGCAUGAAACGGAAGUAACGAUCAUAUUUUCCGUAUUGUGGAUAUCUGUAUAUUCCGUAUGUCUGAGUGGAACGGAAAUGAGAGAAAAUGUUGUGCGGUACUUGAUUUCCCACAUCGAGAACUGAUUGGAUCGUUGGAAGAUGGGCGUUGCUGAUGAAAUGAAGGCAAACGUGCAGGAUUAUUCCCCACCGGACUCACCAUCGGCACCCUCCCAUGAAGAAAGCUCCGCCCUCGCGCCAUUCCUCGUUACAGGAUGUGAUGAGAAGUCGUUUCUAGGAAAUGCAAAGAGGGGGCAGAAGCGCAAAUGGGACCCGUCCCAAAUCCCUUUCCAGAGCUGCUGCCGGCCGCUGUCUCCUUAGUGUCUGAGUGUCUUUUACCCUGGACCAAAAACAGUGCGAGUCAGGUAAUCAAAGUGUACAGUGAAGAUAAUACCAGCCGGGCUGUGGAGGUACCCAGUGACAUCACUGCCCGGGACAUCUGCCAGCUGUUCAUCCUGAAGAACCACUGCGUCGAUGACCACAGCUGGACUCUGUUCGAACACAUACCACAUCUGGGCAUCGAGAGAACCAUAGAAGACCAUGAGCCGGUGAUGGAGGUUCAGUCGAGUUGGGGAAUGGACUCGCACUGCUGUCUGUACUUCAGGAAGAAUUAUGCCAAAUACGAGUUCUUCAAAAAGCCUCUUGAUUUUUUUCCUGAGCACAUGGUGUCUGUAUCAAGUGAAACCAAUGGAGUCAUGAACCACUCACAACUAAUCCAGACCUUCCUCAGUUCCAGCUCCUGUCCCGAGAUCCACGGGUACCUCCACGCUAAAGAACACGGCAGGAAGUCUUGGAAGAAGUUCUACUUUGUUCUGAGAAGAUCAGGAUUGUACUUCUCCAACAAGGGCACAUCAAAGGAACCGAGACACCUCCAGUUUAUUUGUGAGUUCAGCGAGAGUGAGGUCUACACAUUAUUAAACGGCAGGAAAGUUUACAGCGCCCCGACAGACUACGGAUUCUGUGUGAAGGCAAGUAAGUCGAAUGCUGCACGUGACCUGAAGCUGCUGUGUGCAGAUGAUGAGCAGACAAGAACGUGUUGGGUUACAGCCAUGCGCCUCUUCAAGUAUGGCAUGCAGCUUUAUCAGAACUUCAUCCAGCCCUAUCAGAAGCAGAAGAGUUCUCCUAUGAGGAGCAUUUCGGAGAACUCACUGGUGGCCAUGGACUUCUCAGGACACAAGAGUCGAGUGAUCGAGAACCCGUCCGAGGUGCUCUCAGUGGCUGUGGAAGAAGGCCUGUCAUGGCGGAGGAAAAGCUGUCACAGGUUGAGCUCUCACGGCAGUCCUUCUACCACUCACAGCUCCAUGUCCAACAUAGCUAUCCAUGUGGCUCAGCCGUGGUUUCACAGUAAAGUGUCCCGGGAUGAGGCUCAGAAAUUAAUCACGCAGCACGGCCUCAUUGAUGGGCUUUUUCUCGUAAGGGACAGCCAAAGUAACCCCAGGACAUUUGUUCUGUCACUGUGCCAUACGCAGAAGAUCAAACACUUUCAGAUCGUACCUGUCGAAGAGAGCGGCGAGUUAUUCUACAGUCUGGACGACGGACACACGCGUUUCACUGACCUGCUGCAGCUCGUGGAGUUUUACCAGCUGAACAGAGGCGUUCUGCCCUCAAAGCUUAAACAUCACUGUGCACGAAUCACCCUCUGAAUCGCAGGACGGCCCGUAGAGGCUCCCGAGGACCCCUGCAACGCACCGCGCCCUUAAACACGCGGGGAUAUUUCGGACAUCAGCUUGUGCCUUGGACGGGAAACUCAACCGGCGGAAACCACCCACUUUAUCCGGGAGGGUUUCACCGUCCACCCCGAGAUGAGCAUCGGGGUCUGACCUGAUCAACUUUAGUGUAUCUUCACUGAUUUAUGAAAGACUGGUGCUGUCUGCUUGAUAUUAGAAGAGAGCGUGUGUGACGCGUAGACUUUUCAGGACCCUGAUGGAGGGAUAAUCAUUUGCGGUGUGGAUGUAAACGGGAACUUGUAGCGUAAUUUUGCAGCUACUAUUUCCUGAAACCACCUUAUUAAGCUACCGAACAAAGCUCACUUUGACAUGUAGUGGUGUGAACGAACUAAAGCUGGGUGUACACUGAACGAUGGUUGCCAGGUUUGUACUGUACUUCGUAGGGCAAAAUCAACAAUCUUUAAUUCAUUUGUUUAGAUUUGAUUAAUCUUAUAAAAACGAUAACUAUACUAUCAAACUUACCUUGAGAAUCAUGAACAGACUCCUGACACUCCAGUUUUUUUUAUCUUUUAUUUUGUAUUUUUUUGACGACACAUUGUUGACAUGAGAGCGAGGGUUUAGCUGUACCGUUUCGAUUUUUUGAAAGAGGAUGUCAGAUGUGUUUAAAGCUAUUAAACGUCCAACAUUGACAAUCGUGACCAAAGCCCUAAAGAUGUACACGGUACAGUUUGACAUCCAAGAUGGUUGAUGCCGCACAAUCCGCUUUGGCUUUUACUCACUGGAGUCACAUCGUACAAUCUUAAAAGCAACAAUCGUAAGACAGAUAAACAUCGCACGGUGUGCACCUGGCUUACAAGACAUGGUAUAGCCAUAACCUAAAUAUAUAAGCUGAAACGUUUUUGCUGUUUUCCAGAGGGUUACGUUUUACUCUUUUAGUCAUGUGUCCAAAAAUUCAGGUAUUUGUUACACACGGACAUGCUUGUUGCAAAAGAUUCAUGUACGUGCAUGCCAUAGAUGGCACAAUUGUGUUUGCCGUGGGCGAUGCUUGACGUUAGACUCUCCGUGCCGUGGAACGUAUCAUUUCCUCCCAAUGACAGCGACGGGCCUACGAUAUCAUGCGGUUUACAUGGAAGAGCUGUGCGCUCGGACGAAGAGCGUGUGAGAAUAAUCAUGUGACUUAUCGAUGAUCACAGAACUCACAAUUGUUGUACAUUGAAAUUGAUUUUUUUAUAGACACGUGGCAGAAUUCAGGUAAAUGGUGUUUUAGACCUGAAUUGGUACAUUUGUUAUGGUGAAAUGAUGAAAGCGGUUGUUAAAACAUGCUGCAUGUGCAGUUUUUUUUAUGAGAUCCUGCGUAGUUCAUCUAAAAAAAACGAAGAAGCAAUGUUCUUUCUUAAUGUCCAAUAUAAUGGUGCAAAAACAAAGAUGUAGAUUAAAACAUAAACAUUGAACAAAUUAUUGUAAUAAUAAUUAUGAAAUGGCUUGAACAAAAUGGAAUGAUUGGGCACUGUCCACAAAUAUUCAUUAACUUUUUCGAAGCAUUGGAGCCAUAAAUCCUGGGUACGUUGGCUUUUUCUAAAUGAAAAGUUGGUGAUUUUGAACAUUAAUUAUGAUUCUCAUUUUUAAUUGUGAUGUUUUUGCACACAAACCAAAUGAAGUUUUUUCAACCCAAAGUCAAGAAUCUCAUUCCCACACAUGCAUUCAAUGUGCUCAACCAAUCAACCCUGUUACCAAAGGUUUUAAAAAGCAUAACAAAUGACAAACUAUAUAUUUUUAAAAUGUAACAUAAUACUGUAAAGAACAUUUUGUGAAAGUGUAACCUUUGUAUCUUCAAUACUGACCGAGUAAGGACACAUCAAAUAUUGAAACCCCAGUGAAAAUCAAACUUUGAUGCUUAUCUCAGAAUUAGAUUUGAGACUUUAGCCUGGUUUAUACAGACUGGCUCACAUUUCCUGAAGAUUAUUAACCAACACGUGGUCCCAAACUAUCACACCAAUCAGGUUUUUAUCUGUAAGUAGACCUCAGUCUUAAAAUUUGAUAACGGGGUUCCAAACGUUACAGACCUCUUAAAAAAUAAACGGACGACUAAACAGCUGAUGUCAUGUUGGUUUAACCUCGUGAGGUUGAUGAUGAACGUUUUCUAAAUCUUAAGCACCGAUGACUCUUUACUUUUUUGUGGAAAGUGCCAUUUAAGAACUGCACAUUCAUCACGUCCACUGGGCUGUUUUGUAGAAACGAAUCAACCGCGUUUUCUCAGUCUUUGAUCUUUUCUGUGUAUGUUUCUUGUAGAAUGACUUGUACAAUGUCGCAAUAUGAUCAAUUGUUUUACAGCCGUGUAUUAAAACAAAAAUGGGGGGGGGAUCACAAAACCAUUAAAAAUCGUUCAGAUGGUCAAGGUUGUAAUUGCACUGUAGUUGAAACACUGGGAACUUGAUUUCUUUUCGUCAUGCUUAUCCAGUACGAUACGAUUCCUUUUCUCCGACUGUUCGUUUUAUUUCAUGAUGAUGUUUUAAGGAUAUUUUGUGUCUGUUAUUGCCGUCAUAUCCAUCCUAGUACAUGGAUCUGCGUCUGUCUGAAUGCUGGAUUGUAGGUGAAAUGAAAUGACCAUGAUUAUGUACUGUAUCGUGUUCUUUUCAAGAGCAAAGAUCAAUUACAGCAGAUGUGCUUGUGAUUUUCUGAUUGUAUCGGAGUGGAAACCCACCCACAGUCGUAUUGCCUGCAUUGAAAUCGGAUCAAAUCAAAAGCCUGUAUCUGAUCAAAGAACUCAGUCAUUUUCUGACUCCAAUGUUUAGUGAACAUUCACUCGCCGUUCUGUGUGUGUGUGUGUGUGUGUGUGUGUGCGUGUGUGUGUGUGUGUGUGUGUGUGUGUGUUGGUUACUUUUUCAGUGCUAGACUUUUUUUUGCAUUUUUUAUUUCUGUUAUUUUAUGUAAAUGGAAAACUCACUCUACCUUUUAUUUCCAGUUUGUUUAAUGACACUGACAGCAAAUAAACUUGAAACACCUUGCUCCAUCCAUC